AUGCUGAUCAAAGUCUUAAACAAAACAGGCGCGAGGUCCUCUGUCGACGAGUCGAGAUCGGAUGGCCCAGAGGACGAGACCACAGUCGUGGAGCCCGACCAGGGAAAUGUGCUGUCGCAUAUUAUCUCGCAGUUGAGGCCCGGUGCGGAUCUGAGUCGGGUGGUGCUGCCAACUUUUAUUCUGGAGCCUAGGAGCAUGUUGGAGAGGAUUACCAACUUCAUGGCGCACCCCGAGACCUUACUGCCUAUGCCAGAAAUCGACGACCCGACUGAGAGGUUCGUGUCAGUGGUCAAGUUCUACUUGAGUGGAUGGCACAUCAAACCUCCGGGAGUCAAGAAACCCCUUAACCCAAUCCUGGGCGAGACAUUUACCGGCUACUGGACCUUCCCCGAUAAUACGAAGGGCUACUACAUCUCCGAGCAAACCUCGCACCACCCUCCCAAAUCAUCCUACUUCUAUAUGGCUCCUGAGCACCACAUCCGCAUCGACGGCUGCUUGAAACCGCGCAGCAAGUUCCUCGGGAACUCGGCAGCGAGUAUGAUGGAAGGCAUUGCUAUCCUGCGAUUACUGAACCGCGGACACGGUCCCAAGGGAGAACGUUACAUUUUGACACAGCCCAACAUGUACGCGAGGGGUAUCCUGUUUGGCAAGAUGAAGUAUGAGCUGGGCGAUCAUAGUUUUGUGCGGUGUCCGGAGCUGGGUCUGAGUGCUGACAUUGAGUUCAAGACGAAAGGGUACUUUGGAGGAACCUAUAAUGCUAUUGGGGGUGUGAUCAAGAAUCAGGAUUCGGGAGAGGUGUUGUAUGAGUUGUCUGGGAUGUGGACCGGGGAGAUGUGGUUGAAGAACCUGAAGACUGGAAAGAAGGAAUUGCUGUUCGACGCCACGAAGGCCAAACACACAUCACCGACCGUGCGACCUCUCGAAGAGCAAGAUGAGCGCGAGUCUCAAAAAUUGUGGUUCGCGACUUCAAAAGCAGUCAAGGAGCGUAAUCACGAGGUAGCCACAGACGAGAAGACCAAGAUUGAGGACAUGCAACGAGACGAGGCUGCUAAGCGUGCACAAGAAGGCGUUGAAUGGCACCCGAGACUUUUCAGAACUGUGAAGGGUGGUCCUGGAGGACCAGAGGAAGGCGAGGAGGAUCUCGACUUUAUCUUGAAUGCCUCUAUCGAUGGAACAACACCGGAGCAGCAAACAGAGCAGAUCCUGGCCAUCACGCCUAUCCUACAAGGCCAAAAGUCCAAUGAGAAAAACCCCAUCCCACUUUCACAUCAACGCUCGGAAUCCUACACCUCCCCCCAUACCGAAGUACCAGCUGCAGUCGUCGCCCCUGUGCCAGCAUUAUCAGAAAACGAACCUCUCAAGGCCGCCCCAGCAGCAGCGCCUUUCUCUAACGACCUCAUCGACAUUCACCAAGGCGGCCCAGCUGAAACACAGCAAACAUCAUACCAAGUACCCGCCGACCUGUAUGCAGCGCAAACUCUAAAUAACGGCCAGCAGCAAAAAGACUUAGAGAAUUUGUUGCGCUCGACCAGCUCGCCGAAGCCGAGUGAAGGCCCCCUGCUGAAUUUCCACGACGAUUUGAAGAUGGAUUUACCGAGUGCUAGUGGUGGAAAGGCAAUUCUCAAGCGGGAAGCUACGGAUGGGAGCAUAGAUGAAUUUGCUGAUGCUCAGGGCUAG